AUGUGGAUACUGAUGGGAUUGUGUAUUGUGGCUGUGUUAGUGAUCUAUGUAUUUCAUUGGAUUAUUAUUCUUAAAGACCCAAAAUUCAGAAACAGAUCUUCUCUUCCUCCUGGUUCAUUGGGUAUUCCAUUCAUUGGAGAGACCCUUCAGUUCAUGAUUCCAAGUUAUUCUUUGGACAUUCACCCUUUCAUCACAAAGAGAAUCCAGAGAUUUGGUUCCAUAUUUCGAACUAGUUUAUUUGGUCAACCAAUUGUGAUAUCAACAGAUUCUGAAUUCAAUAGUUACUUGAUGCAGCAAGAAGGUAAAUUAGUUGAAAUAUGGGCAGGUCCUGUUACUAAGAUUUUUCAACAAUCUGAUGGAUCUGGAAUACCUUUUUCUAACAUCCACAAGUACAUUCGAAGUAUCACUUUAAAUCAUAUUGGUGCUGAAUGCAUAAAAGAAAAGUUGAUUUCUCAAUUUGAAGAAAUGUUUAUAAAGACUUUGGAUCAAUGGUCAACUCAAACAUCAAUUGAUGUUAAACAAUCUAUAACAAAGGAUUCCCGAUCCUCAAGCAUGGCCGAUAAUGGGAUCCAACAACCCACACAAGCAGAGAUCCUAGCUCAGAUUGCUGAGCUUCAGGCAGAGAUUCGGAGGAUAGCUGAGCUGUCUGCCCAUAAUAAUGCUGGAAAGCAUGAGGAAGGAAACUCCAAAAGCUCGGCUCAGGGAAAUACAGAUCCCCUGAACAUCAUCCCGCCAAAGGAAAAGCUAACAUUGGACAACCCUUUCUCCGAAGAGAUCACCAAUUUUCAGAUGCCGAAAAAUUUCGUGUUGAGCCAUACAAGGAGUUUGGUGAUCUCCGCGCUCAUGUUAAGAAAUUCCAAUCUAUGA